AUGGAAAGACCGAGGAAGCGUCGAAUCGGCGAGGAAAAUAGAAAAUUUCAAGAAAAAUGGACCAAAGAAUAUUUUGUCAUUCCACAGAACGAUAAAGUUUUGUGCCUGAUUUGUCAUAAAGUCGGUGCUUGUUUGAAAGAAUAUAAUAUUAAACGGCAUUACAAUUCACACCACAAAUCUUAUAACAUGUUAGUAGGCGAUGAACGGAAUAUGAAGCUAGAAUUACUUUUGAAAGAUAUUGCUGAUCAAACAUUUGUUUUCCAAACUGCCCAAAACGAAGUGUCAGUCUAUGCUAGUUAUGUUCUUGCUUAUGAACUUGUCAGGAGUGCCAAACCAUUAUCUGAAGGUGAAUUUCUUAAACAGUGCAUGAUGAAAAUAGUAGACGUUGUUAUUCCUGAUAAAAAACAACUUUUACAAGAUAUCGAUAUGUCGAAUGUCACAAUGUUCCGCAGAAUUAUUGAUGUCGCUGAAGAUCUUCAAAAACAACUCCAAACGCAUUCGCAGAGUUUUGUAGCUUAUUCUAUUUCCUUAGAUAUUUGUAACGAUAUUAGUGAAACCCCACAACUUUUGGUUUUCAUCCGAGGAGUUUUAGAGAAUUUUGAUAUUCAUGAAGAAUUGCUUUCUGUAGAAAAUCUGUCAGAAAAAGCUACAGGGAUCGAUAUAUUUCACGCCACUUGCCGGGCUUUAAAUGCAAACAAUAUGAAUUGGGAACUUUUGGUAGGGGUCACUACGGAUAGUGCACCAGCUAUGAUUGCAGCAAAAUCUGGUGCCGUUGCUUUGUUAAGCCAAAAAAUGAAGCAAAAAUAUGACAUGGAUUUAAUCCAUUACCAUCGUGUUAUUCCUCAAGAGACACUUAUUAGCAAUGUUCUUUUAAUGGAUAAUGUUAUAAGUGUUGUUGUCAAGUGUGUAAACCUGUUGAGAAGUGAAGUUCAUGAACAUAACCUGUUUAAAAGUUUCCUGGAAGAUUGCAAAGCGGAAUUUGGUGAUGUGUAUUUCUCUACGGAUAGAUGGGUCAGCAAUUAUUCUUGUCUCAAACGCUUUUUUUCUUUAACAAAUGAAAUCAAAGAAUUUCUGUAUCGAAAAGAUCACGAGUUAGUAAAUAUUAUGGACAGCGACUGGAUGUGUGAUUUGGCCUUUUUGGUUGAUAUUUCCUCAGUUUUAAAUGAAUUAAACACACAACUUCUUGGAAAUGGUAAAUUUGCUACAACACUUUUUGAACAUACCAAAGAAACUGGAAAAAAACUCCAAAUUCUACAGAAGCAGCUAAAAGAUAAAAAUUUGACUAAUUUUGCAACCUGCAAACUGCUAUUAGAUGAUGGCUUCAAAGUUUAUAAAGAUGGAUGUGUUGUUUUGGAUAAGAGUUGCACAAUUCUAGAAACAUUUUCUUCUGAAAAAUAUACCCAAAUUCUUCAACGUGCAAUAGGUUUUUUGGACUUACAGGAGCAUUCACAAGCUUUAGAUAUUUUUGAAAAUCCCUUUACUGUAGAACCAGAAACUGCGCCAACAACCUUUCAAUUAGAACUUAGAGAUUUGCAGGAAGAUUCCAAAUUUAAUUAUCCUUUCUGUGAAAAAAGUCUCAUUAAUUUUUAUGAAGAACUUUCUGCUAAACAAUAUCCUAAAUUACGCCAUCAUGCCCAACAAAUGACUUCUUUGUUUGGAAGUACAUAUAUAUGUGAGAAAACUUUUACCAUGAUGAAUUUAAAUAAUAAUAGUUCCUUGUUUAAAACUAAGUUUACCGAAACUUAUCACCAUCCAUAUUUACGUGUUCUAACUUCAAAUUACUGUCCUAGAAUGGAACACAUCUUAGAAAAAAAAUCAUCCUCCAUCAUAUCAGGAGAUUAUGUUUAUUUUUCAUAA